AUGGCUUCCGAACAGACCUUCACCAGCGACCUCCGCAGCGAUGCCAAGGAGUUCAACCGCGACAAGAACAGCAGGGCGAAGUGGCAGCACGGCACGUCGUUUGGCCCUGGACGACGCGUUGAAGAAGGUCGCCCGCGCCCUGCUCGCGUCAGCCCAAACAUGAAGUCACCCUACCCCGGCCCCUGGAUGAAGGCUCGAAACGCUCUCACCAAGGACAUUACGUAUGCCUCAGGCGACUCGUCAGCCGACGAAGAUGUCGAGCACCCAUCCAGUGCACCUGCCCCAGACGCCGAGGUGGCAUACUCGUUCGACGCCACACGUGGACCCAGCCACGGCAGCCAGAUCCUCAACGGCGCCCUCGAGAAGGCCAUCGAACGCUACGAAAUCCGCGAGACGGACAAGUUGAUCAAGAACGAGUACGAGGUGCUGGACUCGGACGGCGAGGCCAUCUCACCCGCGCCUAAGAAGAGGAAUGCUGCGCCAGAGGACGAAGACUACGAGUUUGUUGACGCGUGA